AUGGCAAGCACCGCCGCCUCUGAUGCCCAACCUCUGUGGUUCGCAGGCCCUGGCGACAACAACCUGGCGGCGUGCAGCUGCAUCGCGCUGUAUGACCCCGUCUGCGGCAAGGAUGGCGUAACGUAUGGCAACUCCUGCGAGGCGGGCUGCCGCAACGUGGAAGUGGAGUGCAACGGGGAGUGCCCCUGCCCCAAGUUCGCCUGCCGGUGUGGGUACAUCCUCGACCCCGUUUGUGGGAGCGACGGUAAGCAGUACCCGAACCCCUGCACCGCGUCGUGCGAGCGGGCGGAGGUGGCUUGCAAAGGGGCGUGCCCCUGCGAGAAGCCCACCGGGCCAUGCCCAAAUGGGGACCUGCACCACUGCUUCGUCAACCCCUGCGACAACGCGAAGUGCCCCGCCUACCCGGGGGCCAAGUGCAAGGCUGACUACUGCGGGGGGUGCUUCGCAAAGUUCUUCAAUGGGGGAGUGGAAGUCACCGACAAGUGCGAGGAACAAGGUUGCGUCUGUCCUGAAAUCUACGCUCCUGUGUGUGGCACCGACGGCAAGACUUACAGCAACGAAUGCGAAGCAGAAUGCGCGCAUACGCCGAUCGAAUGUGAAGGAGAAUGCCCCUGUCAAACAGAUCCUUGCAAGAAUUGUGAACAGUGCUUGGCUAUUGACUUUGUAGACAAGCCCGGGAAGCUGGUCUGCCAAAAGUGCGACCCUGGAUACAUUUUGACUGAAGAGGGAUACUGCGAUGGCUGUGCGUGCCCUCAACAUUAUGACCCAGUGUGCGGGGUGGACGGGAAGACCUACGGCAACUCUUGCGAGGCUGGAUGUGCUCACGUGGAAGCAGAAUGUAAGGGCGAAUGCCCUUGCAAGCCUAAAGAGUGCGUCUGCACCAAGGAAUACAACCCACAGUGUGGCAAGGAUGGCACCACUUAUGGCAACCCCUGCGAGGCAAAGUGCACAAAUGCAGAAAUCGAGUGCCAGGGCGAGUGCCCAUGCAGCAAGACCAAGCCUGGUAGCUGCCCUCCUGUGCGUCCUAAUACCAUUGGAAUUUGCGCAGAACUCUGUACUGGGGAUGAAGACUGCCCGGGAAAGAGGAAGUGCUGCAGCAAUGGGUGUGGUUCUGUCUGCACCAAGCCAGUGGCAGAUAACGAGCCCAAAGACUGCCCUCCAGAGGAUAUCGUCCACUGCAUAGCGGACCCUUGCACCGUAACUGAGUGCAAAGCCUUUCCUUGGGCGAGGUGUGUCUCUGACUACUGCGGCGGGUGCCACGCCAAGUUCUUCAUUGGGAGGCGCGAAGUCACUGACAAGUGUGACAGGAAGAAGCCUUGGCUGAGGGGCUGA